AUGCGUUGCCCGCUAAUAAUCUCUGUGUUUCUUUUGAGUCUUGCCUACGGCGCAACUAACACACCUCACUUUUAUGACUAUACCGAGGCCUUGUGUGCCCACGAAAUUAAUAGUUUUGUAAGGGACUUAGCUAACAGCGUGCCAGUUGAACAUCGAGGACCAGGAACGGCCGCCCUUCAAGAGUAUGCUAGCCGCACCGAGGAGAUCCUUAAACGGAGAACUUUUGAUGAGAAGGCUGACCAGCUGGACGCUCUGAAACACCUAUACGAAAACGUCAAGGUCAAUUUUUACCUAACUUCAAAGGAAACUGAAAUCAUUCUGCCAGGCUUAAAGAAAUUCGCCAAAGAAAAUGAGAUGUGUUCAAAUUAGUUCGGGUUGCGGAAAUUCCCCCCUCAUCAAGGAACUCCACACUAGGUUCGGAGAAGGUGCCCGCUAAAUUUUGCCUCACUUGACACCGAACACUCUACUAGCCCGUGAAAGCGAGCUUGAACACUUAAUGGAAACAUACAUCAAGUCUGAAGAUUUACAAGAACAUGAAGACCUCUAUAAUAAAAUUAUGGCCUUCAGAAAUAGGCACUGAACCUUGGUAAUCAAUCAAAUGGAAUAUUCAUUCAAUAACAGCUUGACAAAUUAAACAAUUAAACAAAUUAAAAGUGAAAGUUUCAGUCUUGGCUUUUGUUAUCAAUUAAACUCUUAUCUAAGUUCGUGGCCAAUUAAAAAAAAUAUUUUUCAACGCGCCAACACAAAAUUAAUAUUAUAUGUAUAUAUUAUUAAUUGUAAGUCAUCGUAUACACACAAUAAUAUAGAUGUAAAGGGUCUUUAUUGAAACGUAAAUAAAGAAGGCAAUGAAAAUUCA